AUGGCGGAAGGACCGGUGGCGCGUUUGCAACAGCUCGAGAGCAUAGAAAAAGAUAUUGCUACGGCAAUACAAAGUGCAGGUCAAGCCCUUCAAGAACUAGCUAAGGACAAACCUGUAUUAAAACAAGUUGAGACACAUACCACCAACUUCAUGAAGAUAUUGAUGGAGGUUGAGAAAAAACUCACACAGCAGAUAAAUUAUCUAACACAGGUAUCUACAGGUCAACCCCAUGAAGGUUCAUCCUAUGCCGCCCAGAAAGACCUGACAUUAGCCUACCAUCGUAUGGAUCAUAUCAGAAGCAGACUCAUGGAUCUUGGCAAAUUACAUAUUGAACACCAGCAAGCACAACGGCAACUAUCAAUGACCAAAGGUCCCACUGUCACUGCACAGAUGGGCGAUGGCAGCUAGGACUUUGGUACUAUAUACCUGGUAUCAUUUACUAAGGAGGCAGCUGUUACAGGACAGAUCGGUGUAGGCAGUUAAGACCGUGGUACUGGUUAUCAUGUCCAUAUCAUCUUUGGAUGAUGUGUUAAACCAAUCUGUUGAUUUGUUUGUCUGUACAAGUAAAACAGAAAUAUCUGACAGCUGGAGUGGAAUUGCAAAUAUAUUUUGUUAACACUACUUAGUUCUGGAAUCUUGUACACAGACACACUGUGUUGACAUGGAGAUGCAAUGCAAGACUCAGUUGUAUGUUUAACAUUACAACAGUGGCAAAUAAUGUUAACAAAUGCAUGGCAGUUGAUAGUAAUGCAGUGGUAAAAUAUACCAGUUUUGCUUGUGCUAACCAUAACUUAAUGAUUAUAUCAGAUGACUGGUGGAAAUGUUAAUGUACAGUCAUUUUACCUGUACUUAUCAUGAGGACUAUCUUGUAUAUAAAAUCGUUAUUCAGUAUUAAAUAUGAAUUGGAUAUUUUCAGAAAUGUGUGAGAUUAAGUCAUCACUUAAUGGAUUAUUGUUGUAAUUCUGGUUAUUUUAUUUUAGAAAUGGGCAGUGAAUUCUUUUAUGUUUUGAUUUAUAUAUGUUGUAUAUGUAACAAAAAAGUGAGAAAGUCAUGUAAGGGAUAUUUCAGUAAAACAUCUACUGCAGGACUCCAAAUUACAUCACUUCAGUCCAUGGCAAAUUAUCAAUAAUGUGUAGCACCUCUAAACAAAACAAGGAGUCAUGUGUCAGGAUAGUUAUUUGACUGGAAUAGCCUUAAGGAAGUUCUGAUGUAAUUUAGAUUAAAAAAUUCUAAGAAA